AUGAACAAGAGACUUAUUACUGUGGCUAUUUUCUGCGUUGUUUUAAAUCUUAUAUCUGCUCAGAGAGCGCCGGUCUUCGGCAGUGGCGACAUAUCUCAUCUAUUACAAAAUAAUGCAGUAAUUCAACAGCAGAUAAACUGUGUUUUGGAUCGAGGUCCAUGUAAUGAACUUGGGAGAAUGCUUAAAUUGGCGCUCCCAGAGGUGGUUGGCCGCAACUGUCGGUCCUGCACCGCCCAGCAAGCUGCCAACGCCCGUCGCCUGGUGAACUUCAUCCGUCAAAGACACCCAGACGUAUACAGCGCAGUGGUAGCGCGUUACAGUGGUUGAUUGUAACAGUGGCAUUACGUACAUACA